UAAUGCUUCAUGGCCGACAUAUCAAAUUUCCGUCGAAACCUUCUUAGUCCUGUUCCAGAACAAGAGGUCGUCGUAAUUGCAGAGCCGCGGCCUCGUCGAGAAAGUCUAGAUGCUAACCACAACAGACGCAAUCAACUAAACUGUCCAGCAACUUCUGAACAGAAUCUGCCAAAUGGAACGACGGCUACCUCUUCCGUUGACAAUGGACCGGAAGGAGGGGAUGCAACAACGCCUGGUGCUAACUUAAAUGACCUCUCGCUGAGUGGAGAAAGUGGCGAGUUUUCACAAGGACCCGCAAGAUCGAAGAGCAAAGAAAAGGACAAGGACAAAAAGAAAGACCAACUGAACGCUGGUACGGCAAUGAUCUCAGAACGAAGAGCUUCAAACAAGUUUCUACCUUCCCUCUUUUUCAACAAACGCAAAUCGACAAAUGACGACUCGCUGAUCCGACUUUUUAGCUCCGAAGUGUUCGACGCAAGUCUGGCUAUUUCAUACCUUUUCUCUUCCAAAGAACAAGGUGUACUUGACUACAUCGGCAAUCGAAUCUUCGAGUUCAAUGACGUUGAAAUGGACAUGUACCUUCCGCAACUAAUGAACCUUUACUGUAAUGUAUCCCAGGUCGCCAGUUCGGUCGAAAAGUACAUCAAAGCGCGCUGCACAUCAUCUGUAGAUUUUUCGCUCACAUCAGCCUGGCUGCUUGGUGCCUUAAUCCCUGACACUAGCAAUCCAAAAAAGAAACUGUCCAGAGGAGCUAAGUUAAGGAAGCAAAUUUUAGACGAAGAAUUCAAGUUGAAAACAGUAAGAGUUCAACCCCAUGCCCCAACACCAACAGAAGCAAACUGUCAUAGCAAACUAUCUGAAGUUCCAGGGAAAAGUUCUGCAACUGGGGAAGUUAAAAGCCUCGGGCACCACCGGUCCAAAUCAGAUGCUCCACAAAAUCUUGGCGAUGUAUACUCUUCGCAAACCUCACUUUGUCCUAAAUUAGGGGAUCUUAGUUCUGGUUGUGCGUUUAGUUCUGGUUGUCGCUGUUUUGAUGGAACUCAGAGUAUAAUCAAUGAUCUGAAAGGAGAGGACACUGAAUGCAAAUGUGGAGCGCCUCGGUUAUCGGGAGAAUUGGAGUUUAUUAAUCAACUUCUGGCUAUCAGUAAAAAGAUCCAAAAAUGGCAAACCAGAGACCAGAAAACAAACCAUUUAUUUGCAGAUUUGGCAAAUAUAAAUAUGAAUCUUCCUGCUAGAGUUUGGAUCCCAAAUUCUUCCUACAGCAAGAAUCAUCAUGUGGUUCGCAUCCCGCAAAAUUCGGCAUUUGUCCUGAACUCCAAAGAAAAAGCACCUUACAUGAUUUACUUUGAAGUAAUCGAAUGUAGUGAUAAGUUUACAGCUCCGAUUCCUGCAAAGAGAUUGGAAAAUUCUCUCCGAACUACCAAGUCAGUUGAGAACAUAAUUGAUUGCAGCAGUAAUGGUAGCAACAAUGGGUUACUAAACGGUGCCAUUGAAACCGAAUCAUCACCCCCUCAUAACAUUUCGGAUGCCUCACUUCAACAAGUACCCCAUGUAUCAUCUGCUUUUCAGUCACCGCCAGUCUUUAAUCACUCGUGCUCAACAUCGAUUACAAUAAACGGCAGUGACCUGUCGCAAGUAUGCGGUGACGAUGAUGACCAGGAAGGCAACUUUUAUGUCGGAGAUCUUGGAUUAAGUGUCCAGCAUACGGUUGUCAAUGGUAACGGAACUGGCGUACAUUACCACAACGGAUACGAAACGGCUUCGUUGUUUUCACAUGACAGCAUUGCCAGUUCGGACAGCAAAGAACCGAACUUUGUCAGCGCGAGUGAUAUUCGCAGGCGGCUAAGUCAAAAUUCAUCCAAUAGCAAUGGAACCUUCAAAAGUGACCCAGAUGAUCCAUCUGCAGCCGCCUUAAAAGAACCCUGGGAGGCCAAGGUCAAAAGAAUCCGAGAAUCCUCGCCCUACGGGGACAACGAAACCUGGAAACUGAUCCCGAUGAUUAUCAAAGUCGGCGAUGACCUCAGAUUAGAGUUGCUUUGUUCUCAAUUCAUAUCAGCACUUCAAUCAAUCUGGCUCGAGAAUAAGGUAGAAUUGAAAGUGUCACCGGUUAACGUUUUAGUUACAGGGCCGGACUCUGGUUUUAUAGAACCCUUGAUGAAUACAGUUUCUCUGCACCAAAUCAAGAAGCAACAUCACACUUUGCCGGAUUACUUUCGAAAAGAGUUCGGCGAAGUCUACUCGGAAACUUUCCUGACAGCUCAGCUAAAUUUUGUGCGAAGUGUCGCUGCUUAUUCUUUAAUCUGUUACCUGCUUCAAGUUAAAGAUCGCCAUAAUGGAAAUAUACUGCUUGACAACGAAGGACAUAUUAUACACAUUGAUUAUGGGUUCGUUCUGAAUAUGUCUCCGAAAAACAUGGGUUUCGAGUCUUCGGCUUUCAAAUUAACCCAAGAAUAUGUUGAAAUUAUCGGAGGAUCCGAAGGAAUUGAGUCCAAUAUGUUCACGUAUUACAAACUACUAAUGUUAAAAGGCUUGCUUGCUUCGCGGAAACACGUGGAACGAUUAGUAAUGAUUUUCGAUGUCAUGACCUUGGGUAAUACUAAUCCAUUCACUCGUAAUGGGGCUUCUGCUGUGAAAGCCCUUAGAGACAGGUUUCAUAUCAACAAGACUGAACAGCAACUGCAGAUGACGUUGGAUGGUUUGAUAGAGCAAAGUUAUCACUCCUUAUCUACAGCAGUUUACGACAAGUUUCAAUACGUCACAAAUGGAAUAUUCUAGAAUGAACUUAAAAGUGAAUUUGCAAUCUGGAAGCCAAAGCAGUAUUUGGAAACUAAUUACGCAUGUAGCAAAAAAACCCUUGACCGGAAGAUUUUGGGAGUUGUCUUAUUAGCAGACCAAGAUUCGAUUCGAUGGGCGAAGAGAAGAGUCCGCUAAUUUAUUGAAACAGUUUCAAUAUUUAAAUGUUUUUGUUUUUCAAUUUGAAUGCCCAGCCUUCAUGCCUAGAGUAUUGUGCUUCGUCAAUCAGUUAGAUAGUUAGUGUUGAACCUAUGGUUUUAUAAGCAACGAUUUAUGAAUCUAAGAAAUGGAGAAUCGAUAGAUUAAAGUAAAAUUGUGCAACUAUAUUUAGCCGACGUUUUUCAGAUUGCAGCAAAGAGAUACUUGCGAAAA